GACAAUGUUUACUAUUAGAUAAACCAUUCCCCGCUAUCAUAUUCUAUCCAUGAACUCAGGGCCAUUCAUUUGAUUUUUACUGUGCCUAAGUUGUUUUUAAAGAAUUACCGAAGGCAAAAUUAAACGUGGAUGAGCAUCUAAAAGGAUGUCGUCUACAAGAGCCUUACUUGCCCAAGUAACUUACUAUACACGACGUUGAACAUGAGUCUCAUAAGUGUCAAAAAUGCUCAGAAUAUUCCAGCCAAACCGAUAUGGACAGAAUCUUCACCCCAAUUAAGCUCGAUUCCUGGCCAUAACGGUGAUCACUUAGGAACCGAGAGCUCGAUCCAACGGUUUUACGAAGAUCAAGACAACUACGGUUCAGAACAGGUCUGGAAUGAAUUUUCCUCGCCUGCUCUAGCAAAUCCAAAGAAAUUCAAAUAUGAAGGCGCAGCACUCCAAGUCUAUAAUAAAUGCGCAAAACGGAGUAACACACACCUUAAUCGCAAUCGCGGGGCCUUUAACCCAGUCCAGGAGUAUUACGCCUCACAGAUCAGAAUUCAAAGUCCACUGAUCCGGACAAACCUAGAAUCGACAUUUGCUAAAUUUGGGCUCACAUACAAUGGAGACAAUACCGCCUUUUCCUCGUGGCCACAUAAAGCACUAUUCUUUUCCCGAGAAAAGAUAGCAGAAGUUGCUCAGGACUCGCCCGAUGAAAAAACUCGCUUACAUUGUUCACUUCUUGGGACUGAGAUAGACGAGGCACUCCACGAUAUUUUCGAAGAGUUGAAAGACUUGCAGAGGACGAAAGAAAUAACGUACAAGCUUCUCUGGGCCCUUUUCCGACAAGGCUCAAUCUUCGCAAGUAGCGUAAAAGGCUCCUGGGGAGCAUUAAGAGUUACUGGAUUUGUCGCUGACGAUAUGAGAAGUACGUUAUCGACUGAGUGGAUCUGUUUCGAUGGGUUCAGAUACGGUACAUUGCAUUUCCAAGACACUAUCCAAGAGUUUCCAGGUCGUGUGUCAGUGAACGAGAUACCCGGCGUAACAUACUACGACCUUGGAUCAAACCCACAAAUGCGAGAUUACCUGCGAGAACGAGGAAGAAGGGUUCUCGAUUUCCAAGAUAUCCACUACGUCCAAUAUAAACCUAAUGUAUCCUUGAGAGGGACGGAACCAAGGGUGAAGUUUGAGACUAAAACUCGAAUUCCAGAGCCGGAGCGAGUCGUGAUAGACUCCUAUUUAUACCAAAGAUACGAAGGCAACACAACUGUCAAACUCCUUGAUCAAAAACAGGAAUUUAGAACUUUUGGUGUAAAGGACGACCUAGGAAUACGGCUAAAAGCUUCAACAAUGGGUGAGAAGGAUCGUCGCCCUACUAUAAUAGAGCAAGAGCAAAAUCGUCAGCAGAUACUGCAGAAUGAAGAGAAUCUUCUAUUACUUAAUCCACAACUGGAAGGACUUUCUCUAAAAACCGGACAAUGGGGGCUAUUCGAAGUAGACGAUAUCCACUCGAUUGAUUUCGAUCCGAAUAUCUUCAACCAUGUUAUUCAUAACAAAGGAACGAAAGAAUUGCUACAGACAUUAGUACAAUCUCACAAUGAAAACGAUUACAAUCCUGAUGAGUUUAUUGAGGGUAAAGGAUCAUCGCUACUUGUCCUUCUGACUGGCGAGCCGGGAACAGGGAAAACUCUGAUAGCAGAAAGCAUUGCUAGCCAUAUUCAACGACCACUUGUUCGGUUUGUCACGGCAGAAGGAAGUAUCAUCUCGUCAUUUGAAGGGAAAAGGGGCCAAGACGUUGGGUUUUCAGGCUUGUCUAAGAUUGCCAAAAUCGCAACCGAUUGGGAAGCUGUCAUGCUAUUCGAUAAUGUUAACUUGGAGGACGACGUGUUCCGAUACGCCUUCCUUCAACAGAUUGAAUACUUCAAAGGCAUCGUCGUUCUGACGUCAAACUCAUCUCUUUCCGACUACCCCGCUGUUAUAUCUCGAGCUCAAAUACACAUCAAGUUCGAUUCGCUCACGGCUGAAAUGCGAAAAGACAUAUGGGCAAGUUUCAACGACAGGCUUUCGGCCGACACUGAACGACUUUCCGAAUCUUCUUUAGAGAAGCUUAGUAUCUGGAAAAUGGAUGGCCGACAGAUUAGGAAUGCAAUGAAUACGACAGUCACAUGGUGUCGAAAGACGAAAGAGGUCUUCAAUUCAGACGCGGUCGAAAAUAUCAUAAAGCUAACCUGUCCAUCUGCUACGAAAGAGACUACAUCGAAAACUUCGCAAGAUCUUUUGGGUUGGGACGUGGAAGAUGAGCAAAAGUAGGGAGUCCCUUAAUCCCGGACUAGGUACUGAGUUGGUGGGAAGGUUUAGUUGUUAGAAGGGCCAUGCAAACUAUUUCAAUCACUGUCGUAAUCUUUUUUGGGAAAGGUUGUAUUCGGGUGUUAUUAGGUACUAGGUACCUAGUAGGUACCAGUCAUCUACUAUGUUUUUUUCUUUCUGGUUUUAUGAUCAUGAAGGGAGAUUGGAUAUAGAAAGGAUAUCGGCGAGUAUGCAAUUCUCGAACACGUCUUGAAAUUUAAUGACAUUAUGACCCAUUUAUGCCACUAGAACAUGAGAUAUUGAAGAAGCAAGUGAAAAAUCUACAGUAA